GAUGGGGAAUACCGAGAGCGGGGAGCCCGGCGGGGGGCCUGGGCUGCUGCAGCCCCCGCCAGGGAAAGUGCCCAUGCCGGAUCAGGGGGAGCUGGAAGAGAGAUUCGCUCUGGUGCUGAGUUCCAUGAACCUCCCUCCUGACAAGGCCCGUCUCCUGAGGCAAUAUGACAAUGAGAAGAAAUGGGACCUUAUUUGUGACCAGGAAAGAUUUCAGGUGAAGAACCCACCUCACACAUACAUCCAGAAACUGAAGAGCUUCCUUGACCCAGGAGUCACUCGGAAGAAGUUCCGUCGGAGGGUGCAGGAAUCCACCAAAGUUCUGAAGGAGCUGGAGAUCUCUCUAAGGACCAACCACAUUGGGUGGGUGCGUGAGUUUCUCAAUGAUGAAAACAAAGGCCUGGAUAUACUGGUGGAUUAUCUCUCCUUUGCUCAAUGUGCAGUGAUGUUUGAUUUUGAGGGUCUGGAAAGUGGUGAGGAUGGAGCGCUAGAGAAGCUGAAAUCCUGGAGCAGGUCCAUAGAGGAUCUGCAGCAUCCCAGUGCCCUGUCUGCUCCCUACGCCAACAGCCUUGCUCGCUCUGCGCGCCAGUCUGGCCUCCGAUACACCACUCUUCCCAGCAGGAAAGCUCUGAAGAACUCGCGGCUGGUUAGCCAGAAAGAUGACGUUCAUGUGUGCAUCCUGUGUUUACGGGCCAUCAUGAACUAUCAGUACGGAUUCAAUUUGGUCAUGUCACAUCCCCAUGCUGUUAAUGAGAUUGCCCUCAGCUUGAACAAUAAAAACCCCAGGACAAAAGCCCUAGUGCUGGAAUUGCUGGCUGCUGUCUGUUUGGUGCGUGGGGGCCACGAGAUUAUUUUGGCUGCCUUUGAGAACUUCAAAGAGGUUUGCAAAGAGCAGCACCGCUUUGAGAAAUUAAUGGAGUAUUUCCGCAAUGAGGACAGCAACAUUGACUUCAUGGUGGCCUGUAUGCAAUUCAUCAACAUUGUGGUGCACUCAGUAGAGGACAUGAACUUCCGAGUGCAUCUGCAAUAUGAAUUCACCAAACUAGGUCUGGAAGAAUUCUUGCAGAAGUCGAGACACACAGAAAGUGAAAAGCUACAAGUGCAGAUCCAGGCUUAUCUGGACAAUGUGUUUGAUGUGGGUGGGCUGCUGGAGGAUGCCGAGACCAAGAACGUGGCCCUCGAGAAAGUGGAGGAGUUGGAAGAACACUUAUCUCAUUUGACAGAAAAGCUUCUGGAUCUGGAGAAUGAGAACAUCAUGCGAGUGGCGGAGCUGGAGAAGCAGUUAUUACAACGGGAGAAGGAACUGGAGAUAGUUAAGGAGACCUACGAGAGUGCAAGCAACCAGGUGCACACGCUGCGCAGAAUCAUCAAAGAGAAAGAGGAAGCUUUCCGGCAUCGCUAUACCUCACAUCCAACAGGAGGCGACCACCUGCCACUGCCACCACCUCCAGAGGUGGAGAUCAACUUCAGCGACAUCCCCGGGGAUGACCUCUGCCUCCCUGUUCUGCCUCCUAUGGAGGCUGCCCCUCCGCCGCCACCUCCGCCACCCCCUCUUCCCCCACCCCCUCCUCCAUUACCGGAUAAGUGCCCGCUGGCUCCACCACUUCCUGGCACAUCACCUUCUGUGGUGCUCACUAUGGGGUUAUCAGCAAUCCGGAUUAAGAAGCCCAUCAAGACCAAAUUCCGCUUGCCGGUCUUUAACUGGACAGCACUGAAGCCCAACCAGAUCAGUGGCACAGUCUUCAGUGAACUGGAUGAUGAGAAAAUCUUGGAGGACCUUGACCUAGACAAGUUCGAGGAGCUCUUUAAGACCAAAGCCCAGGGACCUGCCAUUGACCUCCUGUGCUCUAAAAACAAGGCAUCUCAUAAAGCAGUCAACAAGGUGACCCUCCUGGAGGCCAACCGGGCCAAGAACCUUGCUAUCACGCUACGCAAAGCGGGAAGAACCACUGAGGAAAUCUGCAGAGCCAUCCACACGUUUGACUUGAAGACCCUGCCGGUGGACUUCGUGGAGUGCCUCAUGCGCUUCCUCCCAACAGAGAAUGAAGUCAAGCUGCUGCGCCAGUAUGAGAAGGAGCGGAAGCCACUGGAAGAACUGUCGGACGAGGACCGUUUCAUGCUGCACUUCAGCAAGGUGGAGCGUUUGACGCAGCGUAUGGCCAUUAUGGCCUUCCUGGGCAACUUCAGUGAAAACAUCCAGAUGCUCAUGCCGCAACUCAGUGCCAUCAUUGCAGCCGCAGCAUCUGUCAAGUCUUCACAGAAGCUCAAGCGCAUGCUGGAGAUCAUCCUGGCCCUCGGCAACUACAUGAACAGCAGCAAACGUGGUUCAGUUUAUGGCUUCAAGUUGCAGAGUCUUGAUCUGCUGUUGGACACCAAGUCGACGGACCGGAAACUAACACUCCUUCACUUCAUUGCCAUGAUGGUGAAAGAGAAGUACCCGGAGCUCAAUAACUUCUGGCAAGAACUGCACUUUGUGGAGAAGGCAGCUGCAGUGUCCCUGGAGAAUGUGUUACUGGAUGUUAAGGAGCUGGGACGCGGAAUGGAGUUGAUCCGGCGGGAGUGCAGCUUGCAUGAGCACAACAUCUUGCGUAGCUUCCUGAGUGCCAAUGAGGGGAAGCUGGACUGGCUACAGAAAGACGCUAAGACUGCUGAGGAGGCCUACAACACAGUUGUGAGAUAUUUCGGCGAGAGUCCCAAGACUACACCUCCCUCCGUUUUCUUCCCAGUCUUUGCACGCUUCAUCAGAUCUUACAAGGAUGCAGAACAGGAGAAUGAGCUGCGCAAGAAGCAGGAGCAAGCACAGAGGGAGCAGGCCCUGGCUCAAGAAGCCAAGAGGCUGGAGAAGUUGCCUCUGCAGCGCAACAAGUGGCAGCAGCAAGAGUUGAUUGCCGAGCUGAGGAGACGCCAGGCCAAGGAUCACCGGCCGGUCUAUGAGGGCAAAGAUGGAACCAUCGAGGAUAUUAUCACAGUGUUGAAGAGUGUCCCUUUCACUGCUCGUACAGCAAAGCGGGGCUCUCGCUUCUUCUGCGAGCCCUCUCACCAUGAUGAGCCUAACUGUUAGCUCCACUCUGCCCCUCAUCAAAGUCCUGCAUGCCCUGCCUUACCAACAGGCUGAUGCUGCAUUCCAGCGGUCCAGGUCUAGUUCUUUUUUGCCAAAGAAAUAUCUUCCUUCCUUGCAAAGAUUUUCAACUGAAGAAUCAAAGGGACCUU